GUCGGGACGGGAGAACGGAAUCAGGAGGGACAAACAGAGAAAGAAAUUAUAAACGGGCUAAUGGUUCGACGAUACCAAAUAAGACUGAUGAGAAGUGUAAACGCAAGGUGUGUGUCUAUCGGUUUGGUUUUAGCCCUGAGCAACUGCUCUGAGAGCGGAGGCGAGCCGGACGCCAUGCUGGACAUGCACCACCCAGGAACCGGGAUCGACUCGCACCAUCCGCAGUUUCACAACUCCUAUGCUGCACAGAUUCCACAACGCGGAACAUGCAAGAGGAAAGACGAGAUGGCGAACCAGGCAGAACACCAACAGCCCGCCCCCAAGAAACCGCGGCUGGUUUUCACAGACCUUCAGCGCCGUACUCUACAGGCUAUUUUUAAAGAGACCAAGAGGCCGUCGAAGGAGAUGCAGGUGACAAUCGCGAGGCAAUUGGGCCUGGAACCGACGACGGUCGGGAACUUCUUCAUGAACGCCCGACGCCGCUCCAUGGACAAGUGGAAGGACGAGGACCCGAAGACGGUCGCGGUCGAGGAGGAACAGUUGUCGCCCACGAUAGGGAUCGGCCAGCGCCAACCGAGCGACGUUUUGUGACACACGUCCGACCACGAGGAGUACCACGACGAAUCGCCCGACGAGGACCUGUCCUUCUCGUAAGGGCAGCGUACUACCUCGCGGACGUAUCCUUGCCGACACGCUUAGGCCUUUCAGACGACCUCUCGACGCGUCACGCGAAUUGUAAUUCUCACAAGUCACCUCUACGUUCAGAAUAUCGUUGACAAUUGGCUAUCCGAGAUAUCGCUUAUAUCGGCUAGCCAAACAAAAAAUUCUAGAAUCGUUUUAUUUAUUCGACACUUAAUUCACCAGACAUUUGAUAAACAAUUAACUUCGAGCAAAGCAUUAUUUGAAGAAUUUUAAAUCUUCAGACAUCUUUUGCAAUCACACGAGAGAUUAUAGACUAUGUAAAAUUAAAGAUAUUAAAUUAUUAUCGUUUUAAAUUAUUAUCGUGUUGAAUGCGCGUCAAUGAGGAUCGUCUUUGAAGAUCGAACUGUGUCGAGCAGGGGCGUCCUAGCCGCUGAAUGCGAACGAUCAUUACAACUCCCGCGAAGCGAUCCGGAUUAGAUCCGCCGAUCUUGCGUUUCUUUUUCUUUAGGCUAGUGCGUUCCUAAGUAUUCACGAUCGACAGAUCGCUCCACGUUGAAGCUCUUAAAUCGAUGUUCGAAGUCGAAAAACGAACGAGUCGAUUACAUACAAUGGUUUUCUACUUAAUUUGUCACACGAGAGUUACCCGUACGUAUAUUUAUUAUUCUCUCACGCGCAAUUUGUCUCUCACAGAGUAAACCGGCCGUUCCUCUUACGAUGUGCCGUAAUUUUAAGGUCGCAACUUGCGUUAACGAUAACGACUCGUCUCGCGUGUCUCGACUUCGAGCACCUCGCAAACUUUGUGCCAUAGUUUGCCAUAUUAGCAUAAGUUAAUCCUGUAACUCGGCGCUGCGCGCUCGAUUCUUAGCGUUCUAGUCCACUGUAAUAAGUUCCAAGAGGAGCCAUUCGCCUGCCCUUCAUCAAACUGAUCGGAGGCCGAGGCGGUGGUUCCUCUCCUCUAGUCAAAAUUCAGAAGCUCGAAUUCUGAAUCCGCCCUCCGCGCCGAAAAAUGCGAAGGGAAUUGCUUCGAAAUCGCUCGCGUUCUUUCUUUUUUUCUUCUUCCUUUCGCGCAGAUAAGUUAUGUUUUAUUCACCGCGCCGAAACGGGGGCGUUUAUUGAAGCGACCUCGAGAUUCUGGGGGCUCGUUGGCUCUUAAUUGUUACCUUAUUUUUUUUUGUUCAUCUUAAGAGUAGAACGGUCGCUGCUUUAAGAAUAGCAGAUAUCGCGAGAGCAAAUGUCGAGUAACCGCACGGAAUUCCAAGCGCUCUGACAAUCGCGGGCGAGUAAAUACUUAGAAGAGUCCGUUUUCCACUUUUUCUUAAUCCUCGAGACAAGCCCUCCCCCUAGCCGCGCACAGCGGCGGUGCCGGAAGUUCGAGGAAUCUCCGAUGCUCGAUCGAGAUACGUCACGAGUUAAAGCAGCGAUUGACGGAAUCCUAUACUGCGUGCGCGUUUGAGAUUAAAGUACAUUUUAUUUCGUUCACUGGUUCGUGAGGAACUGGCGGUUUUCGAAGCAGCGAUUGACGGAAUCCUAUACUGCGUGCGUUAACGAUUUCGUUUGAGAUUAAAGUACAUUUUAUUUCGUUCAUUGAUUCGUGAAGAACUGGCGGUUUCCGAUACUACGGGGUGUGCUUAAAAUCGCGCGAUUUCUCUCGCGGAUUUUUUUUGCGCACUCGAUUUUGCCUUUUCCUCGGUAUAGUUUGAAUUCUCCGACAGUUGUUGAAAUUGUAAAAUCCCAUUUUUGUAAAGUAGAACAGCGCGCAGCGCGAUCGAGGGGAAGAACGCGAUUUUUUAACGCACCCCGUACGUAUUAUUAAAUCGAACCCCCUUGAGGAAUUAACCGGUUAGCGGUGAGAUCCGAUGAUGAUCGCGCAAUCAGCGGCGCGCUAAAUGCGCGACCGGGCUCGUCGUGUCCCUCGUUGGUCAGACGAAACGUGAACCAAUUUUCAAAGUGGCUUCGUGUGAGGGUACACGUGCCAAGUGAUAUAUAUAUGUAUGUAUAAACAUGUAUAUCAGAGAGUGGACACUCUUUUGUGCGAACCGAUGGCGGGAGGGAGGUUUAGUGGGGAAAGGGAGAAACGGGGAGAAAGAGAGAGAGAGCAAUUUUUAAAAUGGGUGGCUGCACCGCUGUGUACGAGAGACAGAGACAGAGAGAAUGAGUGAGAGCCUGUGAGAAAGAAAGAAAAACAGAGUGAGAGAGUGAGAACGAAAGAGAGCGAGAGAGAGAGACUUUAGCGAGCCGCACUCGAUAUCGUACUGCAAUUGUGCUGUGCUAUUGUACAUACUUAAAAAAAAA